GAAACGUACCAAGACGGAGAUACUGGAACACAGGGAAACAAUGAAAUAUGACUCAGACAGUAAAAUGAACAGCUUGCUCAUGCACUAAAAUGACAGGAAAGCUCACAGGGAAGAACGCAGGCUCUUGCUAGACUGAGUCUACUCUAACUCCAGGUGGAGCCAUUUCAAAAUGAACAUCUGUGUCAACAGUUAUGGAAAUGAUACAAUCCUGAGUUCCCAGGCUUCCCGCAUCUCUGGAGCAAUAUUUCUGGGUCUAGCAGCAUCCUUGGGUUUACCUGGGAAUGCCUUCAUUAUCUGGAGCAUCUUAUGGAAAAUGAAAGGCAGAGAAAAAUCUGUAACCUGCAUACUCAUCCUUAACUUGGCGAUAGCUGAUGGGACAGUCCUUCUUCUUACUCCGUUUUUUAUAGCAUUUUUAGCUUUACAGACCUGGAUAUUUGGUAGAGGUGUCUGUAAGGUGGCCUAUUAUCUCUGCUGCCUUAAUAUGUUUGCAAGUAUUUUCAUUAUCGCUUUAAUGAGCAUGGACCGGUUCUUAGCUGUUUUCCGACCUUAUGUGGCCCAGUCACUGCGUAAAAGGGAAGUGGUAACAAAGGUUCUCUUAGCCAUAUGGCUGCUAGCAGGGGCCUUGGCUCUUCCAGCCUUUGCUUUCAGAGAGGUCAUUGACAAUCAACAGAUUAAUGCAACUAUCUGUGAGCCAUGUCACGCCAGCCGCGGAGAGGCUAUCUUCCACUACACCUUUGAGACAAUGGUGGCUUUCUUGGUUCCCUUUCCCUUGGUAUGUUUCAGCUAUAUGUUGGUAUUAAGGAAGCUGAAAAAAUCAAGCCGGUUUGGACAAAGAUCACGAAUUGAGAAACUGAUAGCUGCAAUUUUGGUGACUUUUGCAAUACUCUGGCUUCCUUACCAUGUUGUCAAUGCAAUUCAGGUGACGGCAAAUCUGACAUCAGGAAGCACAUCUGAUAAACUGGCAAUACUUGCUAAAAAGAGCAGAGCUGGGGCUACUGCUUUAGCCUUUUUUAGUGCUUGCGUUAACCCUCUCUUGUAUGCUUUUGCAGCAUCAGACCUAUUUAGAGUAUUUGGUGUAGGCUUUGUAGCAAAGCUACUAGAAGGAACGGUGGCAGAAAUCCAAAGAAGGGUGAGAUCCCAACGAGACCUUGUAAAGGGUCUUGUAAGAGUUGGAAGUCGAGGAGAAUCAGUAGACCUUGAAGUAAAAAAUGGCGUAAAAUUAGGGCCUCUAAAUGGUGGCCUUCAGCCAUAGACACAUGCUAUAGCACUUAGGCCUUCAUGGAGAUGUGCAUUGUCUGUUUGCUACCUUAGCAUGCGCCGUAAGGCGCCAUAGCUCCAGAACAGAGUGAAGUUCAAGCAAGCUGCAUGCCUCCACAUGACAUCACAGGCAUAAAAAGGUACAGUAAGGCCCCAUGUUCCUCUAUUGAAGCCCUAUUACAGCUCCGUACAAUAAUAAUGAAGCCAUGAUACAACCAUGUGCCUAAGAUCUUAUUAUGCCAACCCUGUAAAUACACCUUAUAAAUUAUUUUUCCACAAUCGUUUCGGUAUAUGAUGUUCUCAUAAUACAUUUUUAUGUAGUAACAACUACAAAAAUAUGCUGCAGUAAGGGUCUUUUUACAAGGACAGAUACUCUGCUAGUCAUGAGCCUUGAUCAUUGGUGAAGUCACUUAACACUCAUUACCCACAUUCACAUGUGCCAAUUAUCUUUGGUAUGAGGACAAAGUAUUGGUAAUAUGAUCAUUUGUUGCCAUACAGUUUCCAUUGGCAUCUCAUGUUUACAUACAGCAAUGUGCUGCCAACUAAAAAUAAUUUUUUUCUGCCACAUAAUAGAUGUGACCACCCAACAAACCAGCAGAUGCACCUCUAUACAGAGCAAUGAUCAGGAAUGAGUGUUGUUCAUUCCCAAUACUUGGCCACUAAAAAUUUCACUAGGUCCUUGGCAACACCUUGGUGGCCUGUAGUGAACAAAAAAAAUGAAGAUUACAAGGAUUUGUUGACAUGAACCACUUUGUUGCUGUUCUCACUAUAUAGCUACAAACUCUUUGUUCUGCUUUGAAGAGUCACUGUACUUUCACACAAUUUCAUUUCAUUUAAUAGAGAAUGGUGUAAUUAGAAAACUUCACUUCCUUUAAAAAAUAAGGCUGCAUCCACAUGAAAAAAAACGCUGUAAAGUCAUGGCCACUAGGGGUCUCACUUCCACCUAUGCAGUCCACUGCCUGUUGUCAGGCAAGAUCCUUUCUUAGCAACAGAGACAAAGAAAACGGUUUACAGGAAGAGGAGGCGUGUCAGAGCUCACUGAGCACCCUAGCCGGAUAGAACUGAUUCUACACUGCUUCUAAACAUUAUCCCAUAAUUAAUGUAAAAACAUACAUGUACUUGACAAUCUCUUUCUAACAAAGCUAGAACCAGCCCUGUACCCCACAUGGAUCCAGAGAUCUCAUUGCUCAGCUAGAUUUAUUGAGCUCACAGCUCAAGGGAGUGUCUUUUCUGCUGAAGUUCUCUUCCUAUCACAGCUCAGGAGGCAGUUGAAGGGUGAAACUGAGCAUGUGAGGCCUUCUCAGUGAUUCGGACAAAGAAAUAAGAAAAACAAUAAAAAACAGCAGGUGGCGCUACACUAGGGUUGCCACUUUUCCCAACAAAAAAUACCGGCCAAGUUAAGCCACACCCAAAGGGGGUGUGGUUGUGGGGGUGGCUUAACAGGGGUGUUAAGUCGCUAUCAUACUGUGGCUCCCAAUAAUAUUAAUGCCCCCAUUAGUGCCCCCCAGGAAUAAUCAUGCCCCUCAUUUGUGUCCCCAGGAAUAAUAAUGCCCCCAUUAGUGCCCCCCCAGGAAAAAUAAUGCCCUCCCAUGUGUGCCCCCAGGAAGAAUAGUGCCCCCUUUAGUGCCCCCCAAGAAAAAGAAUGCCCCCAUUUGUGCCCCCAGUUAGAAUAAUACCUCCAUUAGUGUCCCCCUACCCCCCCAUGUUAAUAAAAAUAAAAUAAAAAAAGCACUCACUCCAUUUGCUCGUGCUGCAGUGAAUGCCUCCUGACUGGAAACUCAGUACAGGACCUGCGCUCCAGCGUGAUGACAUCUCGCAGGUCCUGUCCUGCACAUCUAGUCAGCAAUGCGAGCAAAUGGAGGAGGUGAGUGCUUUUUUUAAAUUAACAUGGGGGGGGGGGGGGGUGGAGGGGCACUACAUAGUGCAGUGGUGCAGUAACUGUUUUGAAAUAAUAAAAUUAUAUAAAAUCGAGGCCUGUUUAUACACAAGUGAAUAUAUCCAGUGAUGCAUAAAGAUUCUGUACUAUAUGUCACCAUUAGUCACAGUGCCAUGUGGUCAUUGAUGGUUAGGCCCAGUAAAAGCCAUUGCACUAGGAACCAGGAUAUCCAGACGUCUCCUAUGAAUGUAAUUAAUCAUAAAACAAACAACAAAUGAACAGUAUUAACACAGGAGUGAAAUUCUCUACUACUUUCUGUGGUGAUUUUGUCUAUUUAUAUUGUCUGCCAUUAUUGUAUUAGACUUUGCAAAAAUAUGUAAAAUAUUUAAAAUUGAAUAAAUUAAAUUUAUUGUCAA